GAUAAACUUAUUAAAUAGGUUUGUUAUGACAUAGGGUGUGCAAUAUUGUAGCCAAUUUAUUAGUGCAAUAAAGCAUUCUGAAAAAUAUCAGGUAUGGCGACUACUAGGCUGGAUCAGAUAGCGAUGAAGGUGCGGACAUUGCAGGACCACCAUCACAAGGUCAUGCAACAGUCAUCUUCAUCGGCAGCAGCACCUUCUGGACUAGAUUUUCUGCCUGCACUGAGAUAUCUCUCGCAGACUUUUGUCUCAAUCCUGAAGGACACUUCCGAGAACCCGAAUGACGAUCGCUACAUCAAGCAAUUAGAAAGAGAGCGUCUGGGCAAGAUGCCGACACUGAACUACUCGGAAAUAUUUCACACCAUUCUGAGCCUAUACGACAUAGUUCCCUUUGUGGGACCAGGACAGAAAGAGAUGGCAAGAGCUGUGAUUGGUCUGACAAAUGGUCUCAUUUGUUUUCUCAAUCGAGAUUUGCUGGAUUGUAUACCGUACACUGUAGCGUGUGUUAUGCCAAUGUGGCCCAUUCCACUGCAGAAGGAUUUACUGAAUAUGAUUUGCUUCACGCUUCUGCCAAUGAUUUUAGGAAGUGCGCAAAGUCUGGAAGCUCCAACAUAUGCCACCAGUUCAAUCGAGGCUAUUCUGGCGAUCUCUCUACAGUAUUCAACAUCACCGUGGAUGUUCUCACAAGUAGUUGAAUCGUGCAUGCGAUUCCAAAGCAAUGUCUCGCGAUGCCUCCUGAAGAUCAUCGCCACGUCCAACUCGGCAGUUCGUGCUGUCGCUGCGAAUCUGUUGUUUCAUUAUUACCCUCAGUGUAAACCUAACAAUGUGGAGUCGGAUUUCAGUUACACUCCCUGGCGAAGUCCAAUGUGUAUGAACCCGAAUUGCUCUCCAGAAGAAUCGUCAAUCCUGAGGUCAUCUUAUUUUUCCUUGUGCCCGAAAGACGCAGCGCUUAUCGCAGAUGUGCCGCCUCCGUUGUAUCUAUGCAGGAAUUGCUUCGAACUGGAAAUUGUGCCGACGGAGAAUCUCAGGAUUCUUCCUGGACCUUUAGAGUAUCCUCUGGCAAAGCAUUGCGAGAAUCCGGGUUGCAUUUCCAAAAUGAAGCCAAUGUCUAUCUGCUUCUCCCACGACUGUCUCCUCCUCUGUCACUCAAUGAAGCCAGUGAGACUGUGUCAGGAGUGUCACAGCAACCAACACUCCCACACAGGAGUAAUGCACUGUGUGCUGGGCCAGUUGCCAUCACCAUACAAUAAUUCUGACAUGGAGGGACAGCACCUGAUUACAGAAGCUGUUAUAAAGUUGCUGGAAGAGGCAGAGUAUAGUCUCACUCAAGCCUCUUCCAAGACUAACAAACAGAAGGACCACUCGAACCCAAACCAAUUCAGUCUCAAUGCGGACCAACUUUUAGCUUCCAGUUCCUACGACGGAUCAGCAUCUCCUUCUAACCUAAACGAAGGAGGGGUUGUAGCUUAUAAGGACCGAAGACUUCUCCCUAGAUCGGCUAUUUGGCUCAUCAAUUCAGUCUGUGCAAGUCCCUAUAAAAGUACAGCUAAUGCAAAGCAUGGUGGUUCUGGGGGAAAUAAGGGUGUGUCACUAGGAAGUACUAAUGAAUCAGGACAGUCGACAUCUUUCUUUGCCGCGCAGAAGCCGAAACCUGAAUUUUUGGGACGUCUUAUAGCUGGAGUUGUGCAUUGGUUCCAAUGUGUGUUCGUGCAGCAAAAUGAUUCGAUCGGAAAUUCUGUGGAGGUUUUGAAGACUGAGAUCAGCGAUGGUUGGCUGACGGAUAUGCUUGAGUCAUGUUUCGAGAUCUUCACAAUGUGUUUGAUGCCAUGUCCUCCGGAAUACGCAAGGAUCGGACGUCAUUGGGACUCUUUGGAGAGCAGGACUCAUCAGGUGAGACAGGGUCUGCACACCAUCUACUGCCUCAUGCCCUACAAUGUCAUCACCCCCAAUGUCUGGAGCUCCGUAAUCCCACACUGGCUGGACACUGUCAGUACACAGGUGGAGCCAGCAGAACUGGACGACCUCAAAUUCGUGUUCAGUAAGCUCUUCGACCAACAAAUGUGUGCUGUCUUCUCAGUCAGCGAACUGUUCAACUUCUUCACAUCCUACUUCCACUGUGCCCUAGUGACAGACCAGGAGAGAGCCCUUAUUUGGAUCAACACCCUCUCCAAACUGGGAGUGACAAUCCCACUGUCAAUCAUGAGCAGUCUGUUGACAGAUGGAAUCCAAGCUAUAAGGGCCCAGGUGAUAUACAGGUUGGAACAUGGAGACACUACUUUGAACGUGGCUUCAGUGUGGUACACGAGCGAGACGCAUCUGUUUCCAAGGGACAAGAGCCAAGUACCUCAGAGUGUGGUGUCAUGGCUGCAACGCAAAUACCACGCCAGCUCAUUCCUCUCUCCGACAACAGCUGCAGCAGCAGCAAACACCACCACCGGCCUACAGUCUUCAACAGAUGCGCCGGGUGGCACGGCGGAGGAGCCACCCGCUAUGACACCUGCUGAGGAGGAACAGUUGGCCAAAGACAAGGAGAUCGAAAAUGACUGUGAAAGAAUCUCAGUGUGUUUUAUUCUGAUGUUGGACUCGCUUUUAAAACAGAUGAACGCUUGUAGCUCGAACCAAUGGUCGGAACUACAAGAGUUCAAAGCGUUCCAAGGCCUCGAUACAACGUAUGCAAGAUCAAUUAUAGUCAUGCUUAACGUUAUGCUAACAUGUCCUCUGCCAGGACGUCACACCUGCUUGGAUUUCACCUCGCCCGCCGACGUCGAAAUACACACCAGGACAGCUCGAAUCCGAGCGGCGUCGAAGCACAACCCGAGCGACGACUCAGAUAUGGGACCCGACAUCGAUUGCGAUUUCUGUGACGAAGAAGCAGUUCUCUUCGAUUUGGUUUUCAGUCUAAUGCAGCUUUUAUGCCCGCCUAUGGAGACGAAGUUAAGUCAAUUGUAUGUUAUGGAACCAGAAGACUUCACGGCAGCUAUAACAGCUAUGACGUCAUCUCAGAAUAUUGAAAGUGGAGGAGUUACUAAGGAUGGAAAAGGAAAGAGAGAAAAGAAAGUGUCGGCGCCUGCGUGGAAGAUAGGAGGGGGAGACGGUGGGUCGAAUAAUUCGGACUCGGAUGAGAGUAAGAAUAGCGGCCAAGGAGGCGCUGAUGGUCAAUCAGAUCUGAAAGUGACAUUCAGCGAGACAAAUGCCGAAACGAUUCCUAAUAGCAGUAGUGUCGGCAAUUCGCUUCCCCAAAUCUCUAAAUGGGUCGGAUCUGAUAGUAAUUCGAGUAACCCUAAUGGUCCUUCGACCAGCCAAUCGGGACCUUCAUCUUCUAACUUAGUCGAGUUUCACCCAGCUAGAGCCCAAUCGGCAUUCAAGUGUAAAGUGCCCGAGAGUAAAACCCACGAAUCGGAAGCGAAUCAAAUGGUCUCGGACAUUCGAGUUAUAGACGAGAAGAAUACAGAGGUUCAUGUGUCUAAGGGGCCGCCGAUGCAUUGCUGGGAGACAUCGCUGGGCAGAUUUGAGUUCAACCCCGAAGAGUUUCCGUCAAAGUUGAAGUUGCUCUACAUAUUCAUACGAUUCCUGCGAGAGUACAGUGACCGUUCAGCUCAGUUCAGCGUCGUGAGGUGCAUUCGACUUAUGCUCCUGCAUGCGGACACUUUUUCGGGAACUGACUACCAGGAACACCUCGGAUUCCUUGUCCACCUGCAGGAAAAGUAUCUACUAGAAACGUUCUGGGAACUGAUCCAUGCUCAUGAGUCUCAAGCAGUGCAGCAGAGUAUCCCUCUGAUACUCUAUGGGAUCUGUCAGCCGCUGGGUCAGAAUAAAUUUUGGGAUAUUAUCAAGAACUGGUUUACAAGUAGCGAGUGGGAAACGAGAUUCGAAGCUGUGGAGAAAGUGUGCACCAUUCUGCAGUUUGUGGAUCCGAAACAGAUAGCCAAACAGCUGGCCAUCCAGUCCUCACUGGCUCUCUGUUCUGCAUAUGUAGUCAACAGUCUGAAUGAUUCGAAUGAGAAUGUGGCGCUGAGGGCUCUCAUUGGCUUGAAGAGUGUGAGAAAAGCUGCUAUGAAGUUUAUGUGCGAGUGUCUCGAAGUGCAAUUUGACGGAGUGAUUGAAGACCGGCCACUGAUUCUGUCUACAUUUGAGCUAAUCCACAAUACAAUUAGCGACAUUCCAGCUCUUUCUUGGGACUUCUUCUCGCGAAGAUUCAACACACUCAUGUUGGAAUCCCAGUAUGAGGCAUCACAGGGUCGCUUCCCCUACUUUCCAUGCACUUCAGCAUCUGCAAGCGAAGCGGCAGCACUCAACGCAGACGUCUCGCGUGACAAUAAACUAGAGAAGGCGAAGCAUGUUCGUGAACGACAAGGACCCGCAGGCUUGCAACCUAUAACUGAGUUUCUGAAACCAAAAAUGGGAAAGGUAGACCUGUCACGAUCGGCUAGUAAUCCUGCAACAGCUCCUUCAUCUGCGGGAUUCGAACACCGACCGAAUCCGGUGGGAGCUGCGUUUGAAACCUUGUAUCAAAUGUCAGAUUCACUGAAGCAGUGUAACGUACACUUCUCGGUACUGGAGAAAGUUGAGGAGAGCUUUGGAGUGGUGGGCGGAAGAUCGAGUUCAGCGAACAGUUUGUACAAUAAAGGAUGCAACGAGGCUGACAAACAGACAGUCCAUUUGAUAAUUUCCUUGCUAAUGAAGUUUAUUGCUCGUCCUGACCCUGAGAGACCGGGCAACCCACACAUACACAUGGAGAGUAGUAAGUCCAUGAGCAGUGUAAUGCGACACCUUAACUACCUUCUCUCCUACAACCCCCAGGACAAAUCCUUCUUCCACCCUCCCCACAAACUGAGAGUCUCAGUAGUGCUAAAUGCAGUUAUGACUCACAUGGCCGAAGUGUUGGACUACAACCACGAAAUGGGAACUUCAAUGAUGCAUUUGAUAGUGUUACUCAUGCAGUAUCUUCCCUCGAAUAGAAGGAUUGCCUCAUCUUCCGGAAUUGGUCUACCGUUACUGGGCAGUAUUCCGGACUAUUCUCUUUGGCUUCUGGAACCACAUGUGAGGCAUCAGUGGUUAAUGUCGCUCCUGGUUAUUCUCUACAAGUACCGUCUGGACGUGUCGACCCAGAUCCAGAGUGUGAAGAAUCUGAUCCGCAUCACUAUCAACACAGUGGCCGGACAGAUCCAUGUGUGCCAGUGCCUGGAGAAGCCACCCAGUCCAGUCGUCUCCCACACUGUCACGCCAAGCAUCUCACGCAAGAACUCGAAAGACUUGCUGGAUGGAGAUGACUUGACUGAAGACGUGACUGGUGCGCUCACAGAGACAGACUCAACGGCCGAGGACAAGUCCUCCUCUUUCCCCCAGAUACACUUCCAGUCAGUGUCCAGUCCCACCCACUCCGCAGCUAUUGCUUCAGCUCACCAGAAGGACUCUCUUCAACAGGCCAAUGUGGUGCCACCGAGGCCAGUUGUCAGCAAGAUUGCCAUCAAGGUAUCAGAGCAUGACGGAAGUAACAGCUCAACGGAGCUGCUCAGCGCCGACAACGGCGAUUUUAUAGCUGCCACUUUGAAAACAGUGAACAAACAGUCUUCAGAUGAGAGUGCGACAAACAAUGAUGAACCAAGUAAGGCCAAAUCAGCAGACCAAGACGAGCAAAGUAGCUUCAUGCAACAAGCUAAGGCAACAAUUGUUACGAGCAAGGAGCUAAAAGGCAACAAGUCGUUGCUCAGAUCGUCGACCGGGUGGUCUGUGAAACCGAGGAAGAAGCACAGUCACGGGAGCAACUUGCCACCCAGAGUUGACCUUUCAGUUUUGGGGGCAGGGACGGCAGUUUCUAGCUGUGGAAGUAAAGCACUGCUCGAUUUGGAUGUUGUAGAUGAUGGUAACCUAUCUGAUACUGGAGAGAUAUACGAGUUCGUAAGCGAGGAAGAAGAGCAACAAGCCAAACCAGAAGAAACAGCUUCCAAGGCAGAUACGAGCAAAAAAGUGGCGGCCAAAACUAACGUAUCUUCUGGGUCCAGAUUGCGCCAUCAAUCCAGUCCUGACUUUCGAGUUGGGACUUCUACGUCAGCUAGUGUGGAUUUCGUAUCCAGUGCAGUGGGCAUUCAGAAAAAUAAAUUGGUCAAUGGGUCACAUGAUGGUGUGAAAACGGAAGUGAGAGGAAGAGGCUCUGAAGGUGCGACGACUUUUUUCAAGUCUCCAAAGAAAUACGUCAAGAAGGAAUAUGGCAGCAAAACGACCAAUCUGGUGUCCAGUUGGAAAGACCUUCACUCCCUGUCCCCCAAUACACCCAUUGAGAAAGCUGCAUCAUCUAACACUCUCCAAAUCAACAGACGAAACAGUUCUUUUUCAAUCAAUGCAAGAUUUAAUGAAGACGAAGGAGCCAUGGUCCUCAGAAGGUGUUUGGAUUGCAAGGCGGCGAUUGAAGAUUUUGAUGAGAAAACUCUGAGUCUCAGCAUCACAGUGUUGAGGACCUUCGUCUACCGAGACCCAGUGGGCAGUGCCCCCUUCCUUCUCGACAUAUUCGUCGCCAUCGCCCGACUGGCCCAAUCUCCGUUCUACUCGUGGCAAUCCGACAGUAAACUAUGGGUUCGAGACACUUGCCUGAACGUCGCAAAACAGUUCAUGCGGUGCACUUUACAUCAACUUGCACCGUAUGGACUCUUCAACCAGCUGUUCAUAACUCAGUGUGUGCCGAAUAAUGUGUUUACGUACAUUGCACAAUGUCUGGUAGAUUUCAACGAACUCUCAUUGGUCGAUUCGAUUGACCUUCUGUUGUGUAAUCUUAACAUGCGGAAGACUCUUCCGACUGAAAACUUGAUGACCUUGCUAAACAACAUGGCAGUAUACAUGUCCAAUAUCCAUUUCGAGGGAAUCGGAUUUACCCCCAACUUGAUUUCACAUUUUGACGCGUUCUUCAAGAAACUUUCGCCCUGCAUGCCGCUAGUGUUAGAUGUAACCCCGCUGUUUAAAAUAGCAUCGCUGAUAUUCAAGUUGGAAAAAAUUCCAGGAUCCUUGACAGUUCUUGGGAAGACGCAAGUGUUGCUGCACUCUUUUGGAGCUCUGUUGAGUUAUAUCCUUCAGGCGUCUGUGUUCACUGUGAAUCAGUUGUUUGACUUGAUGGAGUCUGUGAGAUCGCCAUCUUACGUUUUCCAUUUGAAGAAUGACAAGAAUGAGAAAAGCAACAAUGCGUGGCAGACUUUCUUUGCUCGCAUCAUCUGCCAGGAGUUGGUGAAUGGACUCAAGUUCAAGGUCAAUCUGCCAGUGGAGAACCUAGUGCGUCUUGUGCAGUUUGCGAUUCUGGACCUGCGCUUUGGGGGCCCAGAAGUGCACGAGGGCAGUCCCCACCCACACCCAUCUGUGCUUCUGGAAGUACUAAGAAGUGGCACCUACUACCACUCCAUGUUUUAUGACCUGUUCGAAUUCCUCGGUGACAUACACACCAUCAAUAAAGUCAGAGAACUAUGUCAAAAGGCAAAUGCGCGAACCAUGAAUGCAACGAACCUCCUCGGAGCGAGUGGCAAUCAUACGACAUCGUCUCACAACCACUCCUGGACUCCGACAGUAGCGUUCACCGGACACUCUCAUUCAUUCCCAGGAGCCUCUAACAACCACAACUACCCUUACUCCCACAGUAAUCCGCAACCAGGAGUAACUUCUAGUAUGGACGUGUCUCUACACGAGGAUACGUUGGGCGGAGAGCUGAAAACAGGAGUGGCUCAGAUAAUAGCAUGUGUGUUGUGCAGGGAUCCAGUGGCUAAUUGUAAACAAUUUGUGCCCUGGUUGUUCAGUCCGCCGGGUACAACCCAACAAGGACCAAAAGAGUUCAUUGAGUGUGUGGGCUACGUGCGCAUGCUCUCAUGGCUGCUUCUCGGAUCCCUCAACUCGUUCAGACUCACAGCUUCCUUCCCCUCCUCGGCCGCCAACUACCGCAACGCCCAACAGGCGGGACCCAUCCCCUCAGUCCUCAAGUCCCUACCCCCUCUGGAGUGCAAUGCACACAUUGCAGAGUACAUUUUAGUGCUGCUGACUGGCUUCAUGGAGCAUAACAGUGCGAAGUCGAGUAUACUGACGAUGUCGGCACUGUUCCACGCAUUCAUUUGUUGUCAGCUGUGGACAGUGUACCUGGAGCAGUUGGGAGGGGCAGAUGCUUCUGGGGAGACGACUGUGCUGGAGUUCUGGGGAAAAGUUACGCCCGGAAUCCUCCAGCUACUCUCACUCUCCAAAUCGUACUCGGAGACAGUGGUGUUGCAUUUUCUCUCCCUCCUUGAGGCCUUGCAGGAGUGUAACUCUACAGUGCUGGCCAAACUACUACCUAUGUGGAAAACCCUGUUCAUGUACUCCCCCGACAAGAUGUCCAGCACUACCCAGCUCAGACUGCAGAACUGCGAGAACGCCGCUCCACCAUGUGUUAAAAAGGGAGACACUAAACAGAACAACCACGUGAUUGCCAGGUGGCUCAACCGACUCCAGUUUAAGAUCAGCCAAGUGGAGUUGCAGACAUCCAAUGUGUCCACUACAUUUCUCACCAUAUAAAACCAUGACUAAAUCUGGAACAGAUAACUGGAACGAAAGUUUACUGCUGAAUUCAGUUUUCACUAGCAAAAACUAUUGUUUAAAUAUAAACUCAAGAGAUAAAACGGAGCUGAAAAAAAUAUAUAUAGCAAAGAAACAGAAGUCCAUUUUAAAUUCUUUUCAGUUGUUUGGUCAUAGUAACCUGCAGUUCAGAAUAAGCUUUUCAAAUUACUUACCAAGUUGUCUAAUUUCUAACUAUUUAAAAAAGCAGUUGUGCAAUUUUUGUCAAUCGAUACAAUAUAUAGAUAGCAGUGCAGAAAGAAAUUGUUUUGUAAAUAAAAUUUAGCUAAAUAAUGGCCAAAUGUCAAUAAUUAAAUGGUGCAAUAUGCUUGAAUGUUAUUUUGAUGGUAAAUUAGUUUUGUCUACACUGGGCCACAUUGAAAAGGCAUCAUCAAGAUUUUUGCUAAGUCUUUCCUCUCAAAAGGAAAGAAAAACAUGAAGAAACUGUAAAAUCUUACAGACUAACGCGUUCA